AUGGCAACCGUUCCAUCCUCAGCUCCUACUGCAACUGUUGCUACGACUACAAAGACUACGGUUGUUCCCGAGAAAAAGGCUGUGUCAUGGAACAAUUUGUUGUUGGGUGCAACUCUCAACAUGUUCGAAGUCUCCACACUUGGUCAACCUUUUGAAGUGAUGAAGACCCAAAUGGCUGCUAACCGUGGUCAAUCGGUUCUUGGAGCUCUCUCUGCUGUAUGGCAACGUGGUGGUGUACUUGGAUUCUAUCAAGGCUUAAUCCCAUGGGCAUGGAUCGAAGCAUCCACCAAGGGUGCAGUGUUACUUUUUACAACAUCCGAGUUUGAGUAUCGUUCUCGUGCUGCUGGAGCUUCUCCAUUUACGGCGGGUCUCAUUGGAGGCAUGGCUGGUGGCCUUGCACAAGCUUAUUCCACCAUGGGCUUUUGUACCUUUAUGAAAACUGUGGAGGUGACUCGUCAAAAAUCAGCCUCCAAAUCAUCGACAUUGCAAGUGGCAUCUGAGAUCUUCAAGAAGGAAGGGUUUCGAGGUAUCAACAAGGGUGUCAACGCUGUUGCUGUUCGACAAUGCACAAACUGGGCUUCUCGAUUCGCCAUUGCACGCUAUGCUCAACAAAUGAUCCUGCGUGCUCGCCACGGUGAUGAAAAUGCAAAGCCUGGUGCUGUUGAUAAGGUUGCAUCAUCCAUGGUUGCUGGUGCGCUUAGCUGCUGGAAUCAGCCUAUUGAAGUCAUUCGUGUUGAAAUGCAAAGUCAAAUCAAGGUGCCUGGUCGACCUGAAAAACUUAGCAUUGUAACAGCUGCCAAGUGGAUCUACAAGUCAAGCGGAUUCUCAGGUUUCUAUAAGGGUGUGGUACCUCGUAUUGGUCUCGGCAUGUGGCAAACGGUGUGCAUGGUCACCUUAGGUGAUGUUUUGCGAGAGUACUUUGGCACAAACUAG